AUGACCAAGGCGCUGCAAAACCUGAUCGACGCCGAGGCGAGGGACCCGGCCGAUGCCGUCCGCAUCCUCGCCGCCGCCGCCGACUCGGACGGCUCGUUCGAGCUGCUCAACGACCGAGUCCGCUCCUGCAUCACCGGCGCGCGGGCGUGCUCCUCCUUCCCGGAGAUCCAGGCGGCGGCGUGCGGCGACGAGGUCCUCGACCUGACUGGCUCUUCGCAGAAGAAGGUCAACGACUGGCUCAAGGCGGCGAGCGGCGCGGGCUACCCGUGGAUCGCGCAGAAGCUGCUCGAGCACGGCGGGCAGCCAAACACGAUCUGCACCGGGAACGUGGCCGAGAUGCUGCUCGCUAAGUGCCCCGACCGGCUCGCCGCCGUCAACCGCCAGCGGGACGACGGCACCACCCCCGUCAACCUGGCGGCGGGUGCGGGCCAGGCAGGGGCUGUCCAGUGGCUGAUCGAGCGCGGCGCCGACGUCAACCUCAUCCAGACCAACGGGAACGCGCCGCUCAAGCGCGCGUACACAGAGUGCUGCGUCCUCUGCCUGCGAGCGGGCGCCCACCCCAACCACGCGCUCGUCGAGGGGGGGUGCGACUGGACCGUCGCCAACCCCGACGGGUACGUCAAGGGCACCGCGGCCGACUGGGCGGACCACACGGGGCACGUCGAGAUCUCGGAGUGGCUGCGGAGGCAGCCGGCGGGGUCGGGGAUCGGCACGACCUUCUCCUCGAGCGCCGACCAGGGGGCCUAG